AUGCGGUUAGCGACGUUAGUAUUGACGUUAACGCUAGCACAAUUAUUCCAUGGAAUUAUUGGCGACAGAACAGCUCGUGCUACCCAAGAUCUCAUCACUGAUCUGCCCGGUGUCACUUUCGUCACGAGGUUCCAGCAGUUCGCCGGCUAUCUGAUCGAUUCAAGCACCAGCUAUCAGAAUGCACUCUUCUACUGGUACGUCGAGUCUCAGAACGAUCCGAGCAACGAUCCGCUGAUUCUGUUCAUCAACGGUGGUCCAUCGUGCAGUUCGGUGACGGGCCUUCUAGAAGAAAUCGGCCCAUUUCGUCCCAACGCGGACGCACAAACACUAUCUGAAAAUAUAGCUAACCUACUCAUCAUUGAUCCACCAAGUGUUGGUUUUUCACCAGAGCCGGGCUGGGGCCUCAUAAAUGACGACGAUAAGGUGGUGGAAUCACUUGAAUCAGCUCUCAGCGACUUCUUCACCGCUUUCCCGGAACGACUCACAAACCGACUUUAUUUGGCUGGUGAAGGCUACGGAUCGGUUUACGUCGCACGUAUAGCAACCCUUCUUCUGCGGAAGAUAAGCUCGGGAAGUUCACAGGCGAACUUGCAGGUGGGCCUUUAG